AUGAGCGCCUCCAGCUUGAACCAGGACGAUCUCGAGCAGCCUCAGGGCGAGCCUGCGCCUGAGCUCCUCGACGGUCGCAUCUGGGUGGACGGCUGCUGGGACUUUUUCCACCAUGGCCACGCCGGCGCAAUGGUCCAGGCCAGACAGCUUGGCGACGAGCUAUACGUCGGUGUCCAUUCCGACGAAGCGAUCCUUGCCAACAAGGGCCCGACGGUCAUGAACCUUGAGGAGCGACUCGCCGCUACAGAUGCCUGUCGCUGGGUUACCAAGUCGGUCGGAUACGCCCCCUACGUGACGCAGCUCCCCUACAUCUCACACUACGGCUGUCGAUACGUUGUUCACGGCGACGACAUCACCUCGGACAGCGAUGGAAACGACUGCUACCGCUUUGUCAAGGAGGCAGGCCGCUUCAAGGUCGUCAAGCGAUCGCCCGGCAUCUCCACCACCGAUCUCGUUGGGCGCAUGCUGCUGUGCACUAAGACGCAUUUCAUCAAAUCGCUAAAGAAGACGCUGGCUGGGCAAGAAGGCAUGGGCACUGAGGAGGAGCGCAAAGCCCAGUCCGAGGCGAUGCUCGAGAGAUUCAAGCUGUACGCGACGGACGAAACAGCCAAGAACCCCGGUGUCGAUGUCUGGUUCUGGAAUUCAGAGACGCCAGAAAAGUUGGGUUCUAGCGAGGGAGAUCGUGGAUCGUACGAGAGCUUUCUGAAGGGACCUGGGCCGAAGCCUGGCCAGCGUGUGGUCUACGUCGACGGCGGCUUCGACCUUUUCUCUAGCGGCCACAUUGCUUUUCUGUGCAAGGUGCUAGAAGAGGAAGACAAGCUUGCGCGGGAGGCGGGCUGGUUCUCCGAAGAGGCUACGGAGAAGAGGAAGAGCGUCAACGGCGGAAAGGACUACGGCCCGGCAUACGUGGUGGCGGGAGUUCACGAGGACAGAGUCAUCAACGAGUGGAAGGGGGUAAACUACCCCAUCAUGAACAUUUACGAGCGUGGACUCUGCGUUCUCCAAUGCAAGUAUAUCAACGCCGCUGUGUUCGGAGCCCCGUUUACGCCGACCAAGAGCUAUCUCACAGAUAUGCCGUGGGGGAUCCCCGAUGCGGUCUACCACGGUCCGACGGCGUUCAUGCCCCUGACAUAUGAUCCUUACACGGCGCCAAAGGAGAUGGGCAUCUACCGACAGAUUGGCGAGCACACCUUCUCGCACGUCAACGCGGGGGAGAUUGUGCAGCGAAUCAUGAAGAGCCGCGACAUGUACGAGGCGCGGCAGCGGGCCAAGGGCGUCAAGGCCGAGGUAGAAGCGGCGGCGAGGGCUCGAGAGCUGAUGGAGGAGGAGCAGCGCAAGAAAGAGGCCGAGAGGGGCGUCAUGUCAAGCUGA